AUGAUUUUCGCCUUUAUUAUGCCUGUUAUAAUGGGAGGUCUUACUAAUUAUUUUGCACCUGUUAUGGUUGGAUUUCCUGAUAUGGUUUUUCCUCGAUUGAAUAAUAUGAGCUUUUGGAUGUUUAUGGGUGGUUUUGGGUGUCUAGUUAGUGGGUUUUUGACUGAAGAAGGGAUGGGUGUUGGUUGGACCUUGUAUCCUACACUUAUUUGUAUUGAUUUUCACUCAAGUUUGGCGUGUGAUUUUGUUAUUUUUUCCGUUCAUUUUUUGGGUAUUUCCAGUAUAUUAAAUUCCAUUAAUGUUGUAGGUACAAUUUUUUGUUGUAGAAGGAAAUAUUUUAGUUUUCUCAUAUGGACUCUUUUUAUUUGA